UUCUAGUCGCACAUAUAUGGCGUAAUUCGCGGAGGGAUCCCUGCUUGUCAGAACCAUGGUGAGAUCGCAGAGAAGGCAGUGAACAGGAGAUCUAACGUAUAGCUCAAACCCUCAAUAGGACGGAGACACUUCACCGUGAGGAGGUUUUGUCGUGAACAUCUGGGAAAACAAAUGUUAACUUUCGGAUAGUAUCGACUGCUAGACUGUCUAGCGUUCCUGGGAGCUGGCUUUCAGCUGACUUACUGGCGUUCUGCGGUGGAAAUAGCACAAAAAAUGUCGUCUCCGAGUCCGGGUAAAAGGCGAAUGGAUACCGAUGUGGUGAAACUCAUCGAGAGCAAACAUGAAGUCACCAUCCUCAGUGGACUCAAUGAAUUUGUAGUGAAGUUUUAUGGCCCACAAGGAACGCCGUACGAGGGAGGUGUGUGGAAGGUGCGAGUAGAUCUUCCUGAUAAAUACCCAUUCAAAUCGCCAUCCAUAGGAUUCAUGAACAAGAUUUUUCACCCCAACAUUGAUGAAGCGUCAGGAACAGUGUGCUUAGAUGUCAUCAACCAGACAUGGACAGCUCUUUAUGAUCUGACCAACAUCUUUGAAUCGUUCCUGCCUCAACUGCUGGCUUACCCAAACCCCAUCGACCCCCUUAACGGCGACGCAGCUGCCAUGUAUCUUCAUCGGCCAGAGGAGUACAAACAAAAAAUCAAAGAGUACAUUCAGAAAUAUGCAACAGAGGAAGCUCUGAAGGAGCAGGAGGAAGGGACGGGAGACUCUUCAUCUGAAAGCUCCAUGUCCGAUUUCUCAGAAGACGAAGCCCAGGACAUGGAGUUGUAGUAAUAAAGGGUUCCCUCCCAAUCACUCCCCUUCCUUUAACCCUCCCCCCCACAGAGACUAUAUUUGAUUUCCUAACCACGAGAAAGCAGACUUAUAAUAUUCAUAUUUAAACAAGUUGAUUUUUUUAUUUUUAUUAUUACGACUAAACAAGGAUUUUUAUGGAUAUAUAGCCUUUGGUGUGUUUUGACAGACGCCCCUUCUCCUGUGUAGUCGUUCUCCCCGAUAGCGUUCACAAUCUCUGCUGCAUUUGUUCGAUGUUGUAAAAUUCCUCCACCCUCCACCCGAAGCGUCCCGUUUCUUUGCUUAGACUUUUUUUUCUUUCUUUCUUUCCUUCUUUCUAAAUUUGACACAGCCAGUCAUUUUCCUCCAUGCCAAUUGGUAACAGGUCAGUUGCACUUUGAAGACGAAAAGUGCUCCCAUCUCCUCCAAGACAGUAUUUGUAAAAACUUGAUAACUUUUGAGACAAAAGUUGGUUUUCCGUGCAAAUUUGAAACGAAACACGUUCUGCAUAUCCCUCCCCUGUCCCUCUCUGCUGUGCUGGCUGCGUUGCGCACAACUGUUGCAAACUAGAGCAAGUAGGAGGAGGGGGGGUGUAAAAAAAAAACCCAAAACCUUCUGUUUUAUUCAGGUUACAAAACUCUUAUUUUAAGGCACACAGCCCCAGUAGAUACUCAGCGAUGAAUGCAGAACACUUGCUAAGCAUAUCUCUGGUAACACAUACUAAUGAAGAAAAGUCUGGAAUAAUAAGGUCUGUGUUGGUUUAAGUGCUGUGUCGGAUGUUACAUAUUUUUUGUUUUAGUCUUUUGACCGUCUUGGUGUUUAAAAGAAGAAAAAAAAAAAACAGGCAGAUAUUGCAGAACAGCCUGUCUGACUACAGGGUGACAUGGAUUGCUCUGGGUAUCUGAUUUAAGCGUAUUUCGUUAAAAAAAAGAAAAAAGAAAAAAAAAGUGUAAUAUAAACCGUAUUUUGGCCUGUUUUUUUUUUUUUUUUAGGAAUAAAAUUAUUCUUAUUAGUCAGAAAGCAGAUUGUCCUUGUUGCUGAAAACAAGCCAGCAUGAAAGGGAGUUUUAAACUUGUGAAGAAUCCCACACCCAGUGACCUUUGAGUUUUUGGGUUGAUCGGGCUGAAAAAUGAAGAGCGCUUUUUAUUCUGUUUCUUAGGUUUUUCAUUUUUCAUUAUUUUUUUUUGGUUGCUACAUACAGGUUAGUCCUUCUCACAUUCCACUGCUGCGCUCUUUCCCCUUUGUAAUCGGUCCGACCUGCGCUGUGUUACCUGACAAGUGGCAGUCUGCUUUUACUAACAAGAAGAAAAAGACAUUUGGGGAAAAAAACUUUUAGGUAGAAAUUGGUCUCCUUAACCUAAGACAAACCUUUCUGUGUGGUAAGUAAUGAUGCCGAAAGAACAACAUUACAAGUGCAAACAUAAGUUGUUUCUAUUACCCCCAAACUUUUAUUACCUGUACUCUUUAAAAAACCAAAUCGUUCAUUUUGUGAUAAAACAUUGAGGGUUUUUUUAAUUAUUUUUUUUAAUAAAGUGUCUGUCUACUGCAUAUGGCUCUGGCCUCCUAACAAAAACCAACAGUUUGAGCCAAAAUGUUAACCUUUUGAUGCCGAUCUGGGUGAAAAUUGGUGCAAAUCCAGAAAACUGACAUAUUUUGUAGCUCUGGUUCCCAAGAUGAAUAAUGCAUGCCUUCUGGGAAGUCAUCACAUCACCUUCAGUUUAACAAAACUGCUUCUGUGCCUCAUCACUGCAUCAAGAAACUCACCAAAAACCAUGUAUUUAGGAAGCCAUGGAGACGACUUGUUAUAUUCUAGAGAAGCACAUCGUUUUAACUCUAUUCCUUCUUUAUCUUUUCUGGGUGCGAGUCCAUUCUGUAGUGUCCUUGUGCGCCGACACAAAAUUCAUCUGAAAACACCCCAGGUUUUAUCAUAGCUAAUGUUUGAAGUACUCUUUGCUUCUGUUAUGCACUGUGGUUAACCAUGUUUCACCUAGAAGGUAUUAAAAAAAACCGAGCUGGAAAUCAUGCAGGAAUUGUUGAGCUGGUAUUUUUUUUUUUUUUUUGGCUUUUUUUUUUUUUUUUACUGCAUCAGGAUAGAUAGAUUUGUAGUUUGGUAAACCUACAAAUGAGGUUUGUUAGUAAUGGGGAAUUUUCUUUCUCUUCUAACCGUAUAGACGCACCCGCUCGAGCUUGUACAGCGAUUUCACGGUAGGCAGGUUUUAUUUUGAGGUGCAGCGGUUGUGACGGAUCUGACUUGUACAGAAAGCAGAAACGUGGCUCGGAUCUUUCUACUAUCGGCCAGUUUUUGUGCUCUUGAACAUCCACUCGUUCGAAUGCAGAGGCGUCCCUUUUGCUUUCAGUUUGUAACAGAAGAAUUUGAUUUUUAUGUAUUUGGUUGUUGUUUGUUUUUUUUUAAAGAUGUGUUAAUUUCUCUCACCUGCAGCUGUGUGGCUUUUAGUGAAAACUUUCCUUUUCACAAUGUUCCACGUGUUCCCUUCUAGUUUACGUACUGCUUGCCUUGGCCAUCCUAGGAAAAUAUAUUUUUUAAUAUACAAGCUGAUUUAUCAUGCAAACGUAUUUAAAAAAAGAUACUAUUGAAACCUCCUAGAGUGGAAAUGCACCAGUCAGUCGGCCAGACAUUGGAAUCUGCAAGUUUCCUUUUGGUCAUCAAUCAUUGGUCAGAAGUGAGUCAAAUACUGAAAUCUCCCCUCCUAAUUAAAUUAAUGAAAUUAAGACUAAACAUUUUUUGUCAUAAAAAUGCAUCUGUGCAUUUAUUUAAGUUUAACUGAAAUCAGAUCAAACUUGGGGUCAUCCAUGAGGAUAAUCUUGUAAUUCUUUCAUUUUGUGUUGGAUUCAAAACUAACAUGUCUAUCAAACAAUUUGCAACACUUUUUUUGUCCUGGGAGGUAUUUUUAGUGGCUGGGAAAAGCCUGAUGGAUGCAUCUCUACUUUAGAGAUAUUACUAAACCGGAGCGCUGAGGUUUGUGUGUUUCCAGAAAAGAAUCAUGAAAAUAGGGUCGACCUACCCAAAUAUGAGAAAUUAGUUCAACUUUUCUGGCACUUUGCAUCCGCUGAGCAUUAAGAUGUCUAGUUUUGACCUGACGUUGGUGCCCAUCUUGGAACUUUUUGGCUGUUAAGGACCGUAAUCUGUGCUCGCCUGCGCACCCUGAUGGAUAGAACGACGAGGAGCUUAAGCCAAACUUUAAAAGCCCCACUCUUUGUUAGCACAACCGAAGAGUCGUCUGCACAAAAAGAUCCCGCCAAUCUCUCUCCCUCUGCGUUGUUGACUGUGUCUCCUUUUAGCAGUUGCAUGCUUCUCAGUGCACACCUUCAGUUUCUGGUGCUUGUGUGGAUUUUCUAACCCCUUCCAGGCACUCCUACCAUCAUCAGCCCCUUUUUUUAUCAAGCACACACUGCGUUGAACAUGUAAGUUUGAAAGGAAAAAAACCCUAUGUAUUUGGUACCUAUUGUGUGAUACUUGCAGCAUUUAAAAAGACAGAAGGUUUUAUGUUUUGAUCUGUUAAAAGAAGUUCAUUCUGGUCUUAAUUUGUUCAUCUUAUUUUCCUUUUUUUUCUCCCCCUGCCCCAUUGUGAAGUGGGCAUGCUUGUCAAAAAGACAAAUGCUCUCUGUUAACAGGCGUAUAAUCUCAUAAAUAGUUGUGUAUAAAAUAAACUGUUAUAACUUCUUUUUUAAUAAAACAUUGAAUAUGUAUAUGC